AGGGGAGUGUGUACCGUACACAGGUUCCUUCUCUGACCACCAUCAAGAAUGUCUUCCAGACCAUUUGAAAGUCCUCCUCCGUAUCGGCCAGAUGAAUACCGACCUUCUAACUAUGCCCCCAGUCGAGAUAUCUAUGUAGGAGAGAGGCACUCGCAGCCGGCUUACUCCUACUAUCCAGAUGAUGAGGUCCAACAGAUACAGCAUUUCUACAAAUGGAGCUCUCCGCCUGGCAUCAUCAAGAUUAUGGCUGUCCUUAAUGUUGUCAUGUGUGUCGGCAUUUUUGCUUGUGUAGCUUCCACCUUACCAUGGGAUUUGGAUAUCACAGGACAGUCCAUGGGUUAUGGCAUGGGAGGAUAUUCUGGAUACUCUGGGGGAUAUACUGGCUAUGGAUUUGGUGGUUCAUCUCAGAUGGGCAAUGGCUUUGCUUAUGGAGGAAAUUAUACUGACCCAAGAGCUGCAAAAGGAUUCAUCCUCGCCAUGGCUGCUAUUUGCUUUAUUAUUAGCAUGGUGAUCUUUGUGAUGCUUGCAACAAGGACCCAAACUUCCACUACCAGACGCUUCUACCUGAUUGUCAUCAUUGCCAGUGCAAUUAUUGGAGGUUUGGUCUUCAUUGCAACAAUUGUGUACACCAUAGGAGUAAAUCCUGUAGCACAGGCAUCUGGAUCUGCUUUCUACACACAGAUUGUGUCCUUAUGCAACCAAUUCUAUGCACCAGUCACAACUGGAGUUUUUGUGAAUCAGUACCUUUACCACUACUGUGUAGUUGAACCACAAGAGGCCAUUGCCAUUGUGCUGGGUUUCCUGAUAGUGGCGGCAUUUGCCAUCAUCAUAUUCUUUGCUGUGAAAACCAGGAGAAAGAUAAACCAAAAUGGCAAAAUGAACAUUCUCUGGAGGAAAGAAAAGUUUGAGGGCGAGGGAGUUCCGAACGUGGAAGAAUGGGUAAAAAAUGUGUCUGCCAAUCCUGAAGGGAUACCUGCGAUGUCAGAAUACAAUGAGAAGGUCAACGGAUCUGCUCUGGAUUAUAGAAGUGUGAAUGGUGGGCAGGCCUAUUCUGAUCACAACAUGGGAUCACGUGUAAUCCAAGAUGUGUAUCCAGUGAAGAAUGAGUCUGGAUUUUCUCCAAUUGUGUACAGCAGCAGCUCAGAUGCAAGUAAGAAAGGUCCACCCAACAAUAAGAGACCAGGAAGAGCCAGGAGAUCUCCCAAUGAGAACUAUGAUACGGACUAUAACACAGGAGGAGAAUCUGGGGAGGAGCAGGAGGAUGAGGACUGGGACAGUGAAUAUCCUCCUAUCACUGGAGACCAACAGAGACAAGAGUACAAGAGAGAUUUUGAUGCAGGCUUACAGGAAUAUAAGAAGCUACAAGCCGAAUUGGAUGAUGUCUCCAAAUCCUUGUCAAGGCUGGACAAAGAAUUAGAUGAACAUCCAGAGGGAAGCCAGUCAUACAGGGCUGUUGCUGAUGAAUACAAUCGUCUUAAGAACAUUAAAGCGUCUUCAGAUUUCAGGAACAAACGGGAACACUGCAAACAGCUCAAGAACAAACUAAACCACAUCAAAAGGAUGGUCGGCGACUAUGACGGGAAAUAAUCACCUGAACUCGCAUGCUGAAUACUCAAGCCAAACGUUUGUGGCCUAGGCCAUCAAAUUGUUUGUAUUAAUGUGGUUGAGCCAUGUAUGGGACUUGGAAAUUGUCUAAGCAUGUUAUAAAUUCAGAUAUUUUUAUGGGAAGCCAUAGAU